CAGUACUACGUGCACAAACCUGCGGCCGUGCCCUCCAUCUUCCACCUGACUGAGAAGAGGGGGCUGAAGGCCCUGGCCGCCCCAGGAGAAAGGACACCAGGAAGGCCGCCGGGGGCCUGAGGGAACAUGUGAGUGAGGCAGAUGGGAAAGGAGCUGCAGGUUCAUCGUCGUCCUCGAGGGAAAACCUGAGGGCCUAGCCGGGGUCCCGCAAGUUGAAGCGAGCCCCUCUGCAGGGUGAACCCGCAGCCAGGGCUGCCCGGGAAGCCGCCAGUCAGAAGCGGGCGCAGAGUCUCUGGAAGGAACUCCAGGAGACAGUGUGGCCUCCACAGCAUCAGGCAGCCAGGGAGAUGCAAACACGUCUGCUGUAGAUGCUGGCGAUGAAACCCCCUCUUCCCAGCGAGGGGCUGCUGGGUAAGAGUGGCAUUUCCGUGGGUGACUUUACCCCCAGGAUCUGGGGCGUGCAGAUUUAUUGGCUGGUUUCCUUCUUACAGUUUCUCCUCAGUGUACACUCGAGAGAGGCCAUCUGUCCCCCAGAGCCUGUCGAGCGAAGGAGGCUGAAGAGAGACGCGGAGCCCAGCUGCAGCGGGACCAGCCUGAGGCCUGACGAGGGCUUGGCCCAGAGCCCCCAAGUUCAUCAUUCACAAUGAUGCCUCAGAAACCCUCCCAGAGCCCCUCCACUCCAACAGACGUCACCCCGAAGCCAGCCGCAGAAGCUGUGCAGGGCGAGCACAGCGACACCGGCCCCACGUCCCUCAGCGGGCUCAUCCUGUCAGCACUGGGGGCCCAAGAACUCCUCGACUCACUGCACUCCUACUGCUUCUGCUCCCGGGGGAACAGGAGCACGGGUGCCGCCUGCAGGGGCAGGUGGAGAAGAACGGCGAGCUGAAGAGGGGCAGCCGCCGACAGCCAGGUGCAGACGCUGCAGGAGGAGCUAGAUGAGCUGAAGGGAGGGGGCUCCCUGCCUUAGCAGCCUGCUGCCCCCAGCCAAGGAAUGGAAUCUUAAACCAGUCAGUGGGGAAUCGCCUGAUGAGCAGCAGUUUGGUGGCAGCAGUGGGAUUCAAAGGACUCAUCUGAUGGCUUCGGAGAUGAGAAACACAGGCAUUGCGCCAGCUGCAGAGCUCCAGCCGGCGGCAGAAGCAGGGCAGUGGACAGUGGUGGAGGUAGAGCUGGCUCCAGCUCCGUCAAUACCACCCCCUCUAGCGCUGGAGCCAGCGUCCCCUCCAUCAGCAGUGUUGGAGCUGGAGCAAGGGCCCACGUCGGCUCCAGCAGGAGUGGGAGCUGCUGAGCUGGAGUCACCUGGACCAUCAUUUCUAGUGGGAAGUCCAUCUCCACCUGUGGCCAUUAAGGAGGAUGAGAAGAAGCCUAACUUCACGGCCUUCCCUCCUAAGCUGGUGGCGGAGCUGUUGACCGUGAUGGAUGUGGAGUGCGAGAUCCUGAAGAACUUCUCCUCACUCCGUGCUGUCAUCUCUGCUCUGCAGAAAACCUCCAUAAGCCACCUGAAGAACAAGUGGGUGGAUGUUUCCCAGUGGGUAGGCCCCUCUCCAUAG